GCGGGGUGUGGGGUCGGUGGCUGCUGGGCGGGCGGGGCGCAGGCCGCUGGGCCCGAGCCGGGGGGAGCGAGUGAGCGGAGGCGCCGAGGAUCCGGUUCACUCGCUGGGGAGACCCAUGGGCCGAAGCCGUGUAAAUGCGUUUUAAGGGGCCUCGGCUCCGCAACUGCCACUCCUCCUCGGGGUGUUGCACAAGUUUCGAGGUCACCGGCGACCCCCCCUAGCAGCACACCUGGCUCUGACCCCCGCGAAGGAGGACGGGGCUUGUGUGUUGCAUGCUUUCUAAGGCGGCAGCAGCAGCAGCAGAGGCGGCUCCAUCCAGCCCGUGGGCUCCUGCUCCUCAUCGGCAUGGCUGGCUACCUGAGUGAAUCAGACUUUGUGAUGGUGGAGGAGGGCUUCAGCACCCGAGACCUGCUGGAGGAGCUCACUCUGGGGGCGUCACAGGCCACCACGGGCAAGGUUGCUGCUUUCUUCGUGGCUGACCUGGGUGCCAUAGUGAGGAAGCAUUUUGGCUUUCUCAAGUGCCUGCCGCGAGUCCGGCCCUUUUAUGCAGUCAAGUGCAACAGCAGCCCGGGUGUGCUGAAGGCACUGGCUGAGCUGGGGCUGGGCUUCAGCUGUGCCAACAAGGCAGAGAUGGAGUUGGUCCAGCGGAUUGGUGUCCCUGCCAGUAAGAUCAUCUACACCAACCCCUGUAAGCAAAUUGCACAGAUCAAGUAUGCUGCCAAGCAUGGGGUCCGGCUGCUGAGCUUUGACAAUGAGGUGGAGCUGGCAAAGGUGGCAAAGAGUCACCCCAGUGCCAGGAUGGUUCUGUGUAUCGCCACCAACGACUCCCACUCCCUGAGCCACCUGAGCAUGAAGUUUGGAGCGUCACUGAAAUCCUGCAGACCCCUGCUUGAAAAUGCCAAGAAGAGCCACGUGGAGGUGGUGGGUGUGAGUUUUCACAUUGGCAGUGGCUGUCCUGACCCUCAGGCCUACGCUCAAUCCAUCGCAGACGCCCGGCUUGUGUUUGAAAUGGGAGCCGAGCUGGGCCACAGGAUGCACAUCCUGGACCUUGGCGGUGGAUUCCCUGGUGUGGAGGGAGCCAAAGUGAGAUUUGAAGAGAUUGCUUCUGUGAUCAGCUCAGCCUUGGACCUGUAUUUCCCGGAGGGCUGUGGUGUGGACAUCCUUGCCGAGCUGGGGCGCUACUAUGUGACCUCAGCCUUCACCUUGGCCAUCAACAUCAUCGCCAAGAAGGAGGUUCUUUUAGACCAGCCCAGCAGGGAGGAGGAAAACGGUUUCGCCCCCAAGACCAUCGUGUACCACCUUGAGGAGGGCGUGUAUGGGAUCUUCAGCUCAGUCCUGUUUGACAACGCCUGCCCCACCCCCAUCCUGCAGAAGAAACCAUCCACGGAGCAGCCCCUGUACAGCAGCAGCCUGUGGGGCCCGGCAGUCGAUGGCUAUGACUGUGUGGCCGAGGGCCUGUGGCUGCCGCAACUACACGUAGGCGAUUGGCUGGUCUUUGAAAACAUGGGCGCCUACACCGUGGGUGUGGGUACCCUCCUCAGGGGAACCCAGGCCUGCCACAUCACCUAUGCCAUGUCCCGUGUGGCCUGGGAAGCGCUGCACGGGCAGCUGCUGCCUGCAGAACAGGACGAGGACGCUGAGGGCAUGUGCAAGCCUCUGUCCUGUGGCUGGGAGAUCACAGACACCUUGUGCGUGCGCCCCGUCUUCACCCCGGCGAGCAUCAUGUGAGCAGGCCCUGUUCCCCCUAGCUCCCCAGGGGGGCCGCAGAGAUGCCUCUAGGAGAGGCGGGGAGGUGGCGAGCAGUGGCACCCACUGGCCGGGACUCUGGUGCCCACUCAGCCGCCCCCGCACUCUGCCUGUAGUGUUUCUGCCCUGUAAAUAGGACCAGUCUUACACUUGCUGUAGUUCAAGUAUGCAACAUAAAUCCUGUCCCUUCCAGCUGUGUCUGCCUCCUCUGCAACGCAUGGGGCCUGGUCAGCCAGGUGUGGGGGUGUUCUUGGGGUCUCCCUUGGUCUCCUUCCUACCUUUGUAAAUAUGAACAAAUAAAUAUUUAGGUUUUUAAAAA